UCUUGGGAUACAUUUAAGACAGGAGUAAUUGUGUAUUACCUGAGUCUUAAGACAGGAGCACAAUAUGCCAGAAGUGACUUGGAUGCUAUAGUACAGAAAUGGGCAGAGAGAGGAAUUAUGAAUAGGGACAAUUUGGGAACAUACCACCAAGAGUUUACACUCAUAGCAACCUAUUUGACAACUAACAAUAAGCUGUCACUAGAGGAAUCUUGCCACGUUUUUCCAUAUGUGUUCUGUAGAGCUAUUACAGAAAAGCUGAUACAGAAGUUAGAAAUCAAGUAUCUGGACCAUAAGGAUGGACUUGUGUACAAUAUUGUGCAAGUUGUAGCUGUAGCAGGGUCAAUCCUUAGGGGAUCUACACUCACAGUAGUUAGUGGAUCAGAUAUGCUUGUGAGUCAGCCUGCAAUAGUAGACAGAAAAAUUGAGGUAGAUUGUGUGCUAGACCAGGGAUCAAGCAUAAACAUAGUUUGA